UUUUCAUUUUUCUCGAGAUUGCCCGAUUGCUGUGAAUUGUGAAAUGAAAAUUUUUUUCAAAGUGAUGUUUUUAUUUUCUUACGUGAAACGAUUUAGUACUUACGUAUCUGAUUGAAAAUGGUACUUAGAAUUCUACAAUAUUUCAUGAACCACCAACAAUUGGUAGAUAAAUUAGCGCAAUCAAGUUUUAUGAAAAAAAUUGCUCGGUUCGUUGUUCAUAAGGCAAUUCGUGCGAAAUCAUUGACAGAAGAUAUGAAAUCUGAACAAUUAGAAAAAACGCUGAAAAACAUCACCGAAAAGCUUAAGGACACCAAGAACAAGCUUGACGGUAAAAAGUGAUUACGUCAAUUUGUUGUAGAUUAUUUAAUACCUACCUAUCUACCUUUUCUAUUAAGUUAUACCACAGAUUAUUUGAAAAAAAAUCUGUGGUUGUACAAUGAAAGACCAUUCUAUAAUAUUUGUGGGAUCGGAGCCUUCGAAAGACAAGGAUUCAGUGAUGCGCGCCUUAUCCUAUUUCACAAUGCCUGCUGAUGAUCUGCCGAAACGAAUAUUGCUAUCAUUCACGCCGCCACUGCGCUCUAGAUUUGUAUACGUAGACUUCUUGGGACCAUGUUUGGCGUUCAUACUGUUAGCCACGAUACUCGGCUAUGGACAUGCCUACAAAACCCCAUCGGCCGUUUAUCACAGGUCGCCCACCGAAGUGUUGGCCGUGUACUGCCUAUCGAUGCCAGCAAUUUGUUAUAUAUUAACCCGUUUAGGAAAGUCUAGUAUAUCUUUUUUGCAGAUAUUGUCAUUGUUAGGGUACGGUCUUUAUGGUUACGUGUUUACACUUGUUAUUAGUUUUAUAUCGGAUGAAACAAAUAAUGUAAUAUUUUAUCUGGCCAUGAUAUUGUUUACCGGCACUAGCGUUUUUAGAACAUGUCUUAUAAUAUUGCUAACUAUUAAAUUACCUGCCAUUAGGCUAUUAGUUUGCAGUAUAAUUGCUAUUUUACAAACACUGUUUGUUGUGUUUUUGUAUUUUACAUUUGUUCAUUCAAGCUUUGCGUUCCACAAACAUUAGACAUUUAAAAAUUUACAUAGCUACUUGUUGAUUAUGUUUAAAUAACAAAUAAAUGAAUGUAAUUAAAGUUAUUUUAUUUUAUUUUUUAUCAUAAAUAUAAGAAACAAUAUUAAUAUUAUUGUUAUAGAUGCAAUUAUUUUCCCGAGUAUUAUAAAUGUUUUCAUCACAUUAUGAACAGUAUCAAUGUUAUUCUUAUAUGUUGUAACACCAUAAACACAAAUUAUCUUUUGUAUUUUCAUUGAUAUACAUAAGUAAAAGUAAUCAUCAUGUAUAGACUUUGGAAAUAUUGUUAUUUGAGAUACAUAGCUGUUAGUUGUAAUAACACAGUUUUGAGAUCUGUAAUAUUAUAAGUUAAAUAUUGAAAAUGUAUUAUUUUAAAAAUAUUUUGUCUGUUAUCAACAUUUAAAAAAAAUUGGUUUUAUAAUAUGAUACUAAAUGUUAUUAAUACAAUUAGUAAAAUGGGCUGUCGCGUACCCAAAAUUAAUUAUAAUAUACUUAGGGCUGUUCUUAUAAUGUCUGGUUAAAGUUAACGGACACUUAACCAUUGAGAUUUUGCCGGUAAUAAAAUGUAUACCUGGUACCAAUUACACCGUACAAAUUUCAUUGUAAGAACAGUCCUUACAAAAGUAAGUGUAUUACAUUAUAUUAAGUUAUGUAGCACGAUAAAUUUGUUUUCAAAUUAAGUCUAAAGGCUAUUUACCAAUAAAUCUUUUCAAAAGUGAGGCAGAAUAAAAAUGAUAGUACUUAUAUUAA